AUGACGGAUCAAUCACUUGAAGAUCUAGUUAAAGAAUGGUUGAGGCUCGAUAAGAAUUCAUCAACCAGAGCAGAAAUUGAGCAUCUGUGGAAGAACGAUGCUAUAGAGGAGCUAGAAAGACGAAUGAGGCCGCGCAUCGAAUUUGGUACAGCCGGGUUAAGGGGGAAAAUGGAAGCCGGCUGGUCUCGAAUAAAUGACCUUAUCGUCAUUCAAGCAUCACAGGGACUGUGUGCUUAUGUCCUUGAACACGUCGACAACGUCAUCAAUCGAGGUGUGGUUGUUGGGCAUGACCACAGACACAACUCGGAACGAUGGGCCCAGCUAACAGCUGCUGUAUUCAUCGCCAACAACAUCAAAGUUUAUCUCCAUCGAGGUCUCGUACACACCCCACUGGUGCCAUUCACAGUGAAGCGAACACAUGCUGCAUGCGGUAUCAUGAUCACAGCUGAAAGAGAGGCUAUGAUAGCAAGCCACAACCCUAAGCAAGAUAAUGGUUAUAAAGUCUACUGGGAAAACGCAGUCCAAAUAAUCGGACCGCACGACAAGGGCAUUUCAGAUUCAAUCAAAGUCAAUCUCGAGCCUCUCGCAUGGACGACAGACCAGAUUCACGCCAGCGCACUGUGCCUAGAUCGGACACAGGAGAUGGAAGACGAAUAUUUCUCAAGUCUGACAAGCCUCAACAUAUCCAGAUCACUGAAUUCCGCUAGCGAAAUAAAAUAUGUGAAUACCUCUAUGCAUGGUGUCAGUCAUCCAUUCGUGUCCAGGGCCUUUAAAACAUUCGGAUUCGCCCCAUUUAUUCCGGUGAAGGAGCAGCAAGAGCCAGACCCUGAAUUUCCAACUGUAUAUAAUGCUUAUUGUUAUAUCUCAGGAGCCCUCAACUUAAGUCUUGCAACAGCUGAAAAGGAAGACGCCCUCUACGUGCUUGCUCAAGAUCCUGAUUCCGACCGGUUCACAGCGGCAGAGAAAGGACAUGAUGGCGAAUGGUUCACGUUUACGGGAGAUCAACUUGGUGCAUUGUUCGCGGCUCAGGUUCUAGAGCAAUACAAGUACAGUGGCAAGCCUCUGAGUAGACUGGCCAUGGUUGCAUCAACAGUCAGCUCCAAGAUGAUCGAGGCCAUGGCGUCCGUUGAGGGUUUCAAGUUCGUAGAGUGUCUGACAGGCUUCAAGUUCAUCGGUAAUACUGCGCUAGACCUCGUUCGUGUGGGGUAUGAAGUGCCUUUUGGAUACGAGGAAGCCAUUGGUUACAUGUUCGGGUCUGAGAUUCGAGAUAAGGAUGGUGUUGCUGCCACGAUGGUUUUCGCUCAACUUGCAGCAGGGUUACGGCAGCGAGGCCGGACAGUACGAAGUCUCUUAGAAGAGUUAUACGAAAGGUCCGUCUUCGAAUAUACUGGGGUGCCACCUAUGAGUGACGUAUCUAUCGCAGAUAUGGGUACUUUGAGAAAUGGAUUAAAGACGAGAAAUAGCUACUUCAUUUGCACAGAUCCCAAAACCGUCGAAAACAUCUUUGAUAGGAUUCGAUCCUAUGGUCCACAGAUGACUAAAUCUCUCCCUUCGUAUCCGCCUUCGAUUGCGGGACUCACUAUCACUAGUGUAGUAGAUCUGACAGAAGGCCACGGCUACGAUAGUAACACGCUGACUUGCGAACCAGUUCUUCCACUAUCUUCAGGGCAGAUGAUCCAGUUUAGGGCCAAAUCAGACACUGAGGAUGGGACCAAAAUUGUGUUGACAAUAAGAACUAGCGGAACUGAACCAAAGAUCAAGUAUUACUUGGAAGGAAAUGGCAAAAAUGCCAAGGAGGUGGGAAGACUUCUUCCGCUCGUCGUAAGAGAACUGGGAGAGGUGUGGAUGGAAGCAACGAAAAAUGAACUAGGGCAACCGUAA